AACGGCUAGUCUUUUUCCUAAUGGGUGAUUGGUAUGUGAUCCCGCCCAGUGUCGGGGAGGCACGCCCAGAUGUCGAUAGAUAUAAAAGCUUAGUCCAGGUCUUUCUCCGGUCCUUCUCUCUCCGGCUUCGAACGUGAGAAAACUGGUGUGUCGCUAAGCGAUCCUGUAGAAGAACAACAUGGGAAAGGAGAAGAUCCACAUUAACAUCGUCGUCAUUGGACACGUCGACUCUGGUAAAUCCACCACCACCGGCCAUCUCAUUUACAAAUGUGGCGGUAUCGACAAGAGGACCAUCGAGAAAUUCGAGAAGGAGGCGGCUGAGAUGGGUAAGGGCUCCUUCAAGUAUGCCUGGGUGUUGGACAAGCUGAAGGCCGAACGUGAGCGUGGUAUUACCAUUGACAUCUCUCUGUGGAAGUUUGAGACCAGCAAAUACUAUGUCACCAUUAUAGAUGCCCCUGGCCACAGAGAUUUCAUAAAGAACAUGAUCACUGGAACCUCUCAGGCUGACUGUGCUGUGCUGAUUGUUGCUGGGGGUGUUGGUGAGUUCGAAGCCGGUAUCUCCAAGAAUGGGCAGACCCGUGAGCAUGCUCUCCUGGCCUACACCCUGGGAGUGAAACAGCUCAUUGUUGGUGUGAACAAAAUGGACUCUACUGAACCACCAUACAGCCAGAAACGUUAUGAGGAAAUUACAAAGGAAGUCAGUGCCUACAUCAAAAAGAUUGGCUACAACCCUGCCACUGUGGCCUUUGUGCCAAUCUCCGGCUGGCACGGAGACAACAUGCUGGAGCCCAGCUCAAAUAUGCCCUGGUUUAAAGGAUGGAAGAUUGAACGCAAGGAGGGUGCUGCCAGUGGUGUGACCCUGCUGGAGGCCCUAGAUUCCAUCCUGCCUCCUUCCCGACCAACAGACAAGCCAUUGCGUCUGCCCCUUCAGGAUGUCUACAAGAUUGGAGGUAUUGGAACAGUGCCCGUGGGUCGUGUGGAGACUGGAACCUUGAAGCCCGGUAUGGUCGUCACAUUUGCUCCUGCCAACAUCACCACUGAAGUAAAAUCUGUGGAAAUGCACCAUGAGAGUCUGGCAGAAGCUCUUCCAGGAGACAAUGUUGGUUUCAACAUCAAAAACGUAUCUGUAAAGGAUAUCCGUCGUGGAAAUGUUGCCGGAGACAGUAAAAAUGACCCACCCAUGGAGGCUGGCACCUUCACUGCACAGGUUAUCAUCCUGAACCACCCAGGCCAAAUUGGACCAGGUUAUGCACCAGUGCUGGAUUGCCACACUGCUCACAUUGCCUGCAAGUUUGCCACCCUGAAGGAAAAGAUUGACCGUCGUUCUGGCAAGAAGCUGGAAGACGAGCCCAAAUUCUUGAAGUCUGGUGAUGCUGCCAUUGUAGAAAUGGUUCCUGGCAAGCCCAUGUGUGUGGAGAGCUUCUCUGACUAUCCUCCUCUUGGACGUUUUGCUGUUCGUGACAUGAGGCAGACAGUUGCUGUUGGUGUCAUCAAAUCUGUUGAGAAGAAGGCUUCCAGUGGUGGCAAAGUCACCAAGUCUGCAGUGAAAGCUUCUAAAAAAUGAACCACCGUGUUCUGGGCUGUCCAAGUCAUGUCUGGGUCUGGACUGCAUCUGGGAAACCACUCACAAACCCAGAGCGCCGUAAUUAAGGACUGGCUAAUGUUGAUUAAAACCCAUCGUAAAAGUUUCCGCAGGAAAGGACAGUUCAGAUUUAAUUAAGUGUAGGAAUUAAAGUGCCAUUCUGUUCCUUGAAAUAACCAGCACAUUUAAAUAGGUUAUAAAGCAGUUGCAAUUUUAAA